GUUCGUCAGUCGGCGGAGGCUGGUGCAGCUGCCGCGUUGCGCUCGUCGUCCACGCGCGGCCACCGCCGGUGUCGUCGACUCGGUGCAUGCGUGUCUCUGCGACGACGCGUUGGAGGAAGCCCGCUGCAUUCUCUGUGUGUGCGCGUCUUGCCAGACCGACGUCGUGGGUGCUUGUGGGGCUGCGGAACGAGAACGUGCCCUUGGCAUCUCACCUCUGGGUGACGGAGCGUACGGUUGCGUGAGCCCUCCUCGGCCACGUGUGUUUGUUGCCCGUGACAAAACUCGAAGCAGUGGCUGCCACGCCAACCAAGUGACGGAUGGCGCGAGCGCUUUAAGCGAAAAAACAGCGUGGGUCGCCGUCGUUACCACCAGCGACGAGACUGCCGGCUCGGCGCGUGUGACGCCGUGGGUGCUCACGGCGCGGGCGUCGCGAGGUGGUCCUCGUUCCCCGUGUUCUGUGUGAUGUGCUUCGCUGCGGAAACCCAACUGGAGGAAUGCUGAAGGCCGCGGAUAAGGGCCGCCGCUCCCUGCCGAGGCGCCAGCCGCCCAAAAGGGUCGCCUUCGCGGACGACGUUCUCGUCGACGGGACCUCCUCGGAUGCCGGGUAUGGAACCAGCAGCGCUGACACCGUGGUCCCGUCGCUCAGGCCGGAUGCGGCGGCGUCAGCUGCAGCGGCACCGGGAAAGCCGCUGAAUUUGCAUUCUGAAGGAGGCAUCAUGGAUGGCCCAGAAGAAGCCGGCGAGGCCGGAUGUGGCUCAGCAGCUAGAAGCCUCGCAUCGGGCGUUCCGGGCCCCAUUUUCUUCCUGAUAAAAGAGCAGGCCAAGUCUCUGCUCGCAAUUAAGGAGCUUCAAGAUAGGGUUCAAGCGCUAGAAGGUUUCCGGAAUGACAUCUUCUUCGCUGUUCAAGACAUCCAGCAGACUAUGCAGAGCAGCUCAGAACGGCCUUCCCAAGUUGUGUUGACAGCCAGCAAGGAGCCCGCCAAAGCUGCUUCGGUGCAUCGCAUAGACUCUCGUGCGCCCUUGGGCGUCCCCGAGUCCAAGUCGUGGACAUUGAAUCCCAAACCACGACGGCACAAAGACGGGCCAUUGGUGACCGCAGUGUGCGGCCGCGCAAAAGCCAGAAUUGUCAGCGGCGAACUCAGUCAGGGCGUCGUUGCGAAACCUGCUACUGUUGCUAGUCUUUCGUCCAAGGGAGACACCGCGUCCGCCAUCUUGGAGAGUGACAAGCAGGACAGCGGGCUCGAUUCCGACUGUCGGGACCACGGUUCACGUGAGUCCACGCUCGCGCCGAAGGACGAGCUGUUGGUGCUGCUGGACAGAAUCGACCAGCGGAGCGUGCAUCUCAAAGAGCGGCUGCACGAGAUGGAGAAGGUCAUGAAUUCGGACACCAAGUUGCGAGGCGGCGCCAGUAGCUGCUAUGAGGUAAUCGAGUUUCACGAAAAGGAGCUGCAGGCGCGGCUCAGUGAAAUGGAAGUAGAGCGCACGAAGCACCGCAUGCAAGUGCGCCAGCUGCAGGCCACAAUUCACCGCAUGGAAGGGGAGCGCGUCGCCUGCGAAGAGAAGCUGCAGGCCUCGCUAUGCGAAAAGAAGGAGCUCGAGAAGAAGGUGCACAGUUUGCACAUGCAGUACGUGCGUGCGGGCCCGAGCUCACUGCCUCUUGCCAAGUCGGACACGAACCUUUGGCCCACGACUAGUCUGCAAGGAGCCCAGAAGCUCGCGAGCGAUGUCGCCAAGGGCAUCACGACAGAAGAAGGCAAAGCCAAGGUCUCCAACAUACUUAAGGAGUCUAAUCUUCUGGAGCUCAAAAGGCUGCUUUUGCUGUACACCCUGGAAAAUCAGGCGCUUAAAGAAAAGGCCGAGGAGAACGACCAACACUGGUUCAACAAACUGUCUGAGUGGAAGGCCACGGAGGCCUCUCUACGAUCGGACAUCCAAGAACUGAUCCAGGAAAAAGAGGAAUGUCUAGAGCGUUUUAGACGGAAUCGGAGGGAUAUGGAAAUUAUGCAGGCCAAGUACAAGGAACUGGAAAUGACUGUGUGGGCUCUAGACAAUGUGGAACACCAGAGGGACUACCGAGGAGAUGAAGGCAUGCUGCCUGUCGGUACUCGUUUUCUGCGCCCUGCUGACCAGAUGCUUCCGCGUCCUUGCCAGAACAUUUCCUACAGUGACACCGACUGCAAAACCCAGAGCUUGCCUCCUAUGCUAUUGAAUCAAGUUCGAAACGCUCCGUUGCUUCCUCGCCGAGGAGCCUACGCUACGGAAUUCAGACGCAAUUCGCUUGCGGAAAACUCAUUGGAAGAGGUUGGUUUCAGCAACGAAGGUAUGGCGUACGAGCUGGUCGAUCCCAGACACCACAAGCCAACAGUGUUUGCUGAACAGUCUCGGAAGACGUUUGCGCCUUACUGGCAAGACCGCCGCGUGGGUGCUGCUGUGAUGCCCAGCGACGCUGUGCGUCUGAUGAAUCUCGAGGACGACCAUGAAGAAGAGCUCAAAUCCGGCCCACAGUCCAACAUUGAGAUGAUCUGUAAUGAGUUUGAUCCGCUUUCUGCAAACGAGAGGCAGUGCGUGAACAAGCCUCUGGAUUUUGAGGACUCUCUGGAUCUCUCCAUUCCUUUGAAGCCGACGCGAAAUCCUUCCUCCAACACACGCAGGUCGAGCCGGAGCACCCUUAACAUGAACUAUCUUUCUCCUGCUAGCAGCAGCUCCAAAGUGACACUGGAUCCGAAGCACCGAACUUUUGUUGGAAAGACUCAAAAUUAGGCCUCCGAGUGUAGGCAUUCAGUGCCGACAUUGCAAUAUCACAUGUGAUGUUUAUUUGCCUCUGAGAAUUUAUUGCGUUUGUCGCGGGGAUGUCGCCAGCCACUCGCUUGAUUGCGGUUGUGGUUACGAUAUGCCUUAACUACAUGCGUGGAGCACUUUGCCUGUAUAUAUGUAUGAUAGUGUGUGGUGUGUAGUUAAGAAAUUUUUUUGCCAUGUGUCCCCUGUUCUAGCUAAGUUUCCAUGUACACAGGGGGAGAUUUAGCUGUGCCUCUUACGUAAAAGCGGGUAGUGAGGCUGCUACAAAGUAUUGUAUCAUCGGUUGCACUUUUUUAAUGAAUCUGCCACGAGCGAAAAGCUGUACUCCUAGCCUCGUACAAGUGUGCUGAUACAAGAUUACAUUUCUGUGGUAUGAAGGCGAGUUCAGUUUUUCACCUAAACGGAAGGUGGCCAUUGUUGCGAUGUUUUCAAUAGACCGAGGUAAAUGCAUGUCGCGCCUUUUCGGAAAAUUGACUUGUAGGGAUACUUUUUUUUUUCCCCUCGUGUGUCUUUUGCGCAAAGAAAAGAAAGUUCAUUGGACACAAUGCAUAGUCAUUUGCGUUUUAGUCACGGCUGAGGUAACUUCGCUCGUAAAGUUUGCAUUCCACUAUCGAACAUACUGGAAAAUGCGAAGUGUCGUUUCUACGUGUAAAUCUUAGUUUCUGUGCUAUCUCGUUGUCUUACAUCUUUAGAAGAUGCCUACUGCUUCUCAAAAUAGAUUAUGUUGGCAUUCAAUUGGUGUGCACGAGUGAUGUUCAUUUCAGCUUGUCGUUUGAAGGCAGCAUUUUUUUUGGCUCUAUUUGCAGAGAAGUUAUUUUAGAACUGUUGGCAAGAUAAGGGCCAUCCUAUCUUCAUUGGAGAUAUUGCAGUGACAGCAUCUGACCAAUGGCUUUCACGGACGAAACCAUUUGUGAUUACGUACCUUUGUAUGCAGGUUUCGAACUCGCUUGAGCCUAGUAGAAAGGCAACAGGCCGUAGUUAAGUAGGGCCAGAAUAAGAAAGAGAGAGAGAGCUAAUGGUGCGCCUCCACUGGUAAACGGAAAUUGAACACAUUGGGCAUUGGAGCUGUUCAACCGGACGGGACCAAACAGCGCUGCUCUUCAAGGCUACCGCAGUUACAUCUAAGAAUUGAAAUGCCAGUGCAUUCAUGAGUACGUCCAGUGGGGCUGCUGCUGUUGUAGUCGAUUGCUGUGUGCGAAGUGGUUUGCGAACAUCGCUUCCCCUCUUAGUUCUAUGGCUAAACUGACUUGGUUCUUCCUUGCCGUUUUCUUCUACACCGCCGCACGCUUCGUAGAUGCCCCAUAGAUUGUUUCCAUUACAUGUUACGUGCACACAGUUCAUAAGAACAUUGCGAAAAUAGCGAUAUUGGUCUACUUGAAAAAGUGUUUAUAUUCUCGUCAUAAUGGGAAGAGAGUACUUGCAUCUGCUUUAUAAUUACCUUGAAACACAGUGAGUAGGUGAGUAUCCCCUGCAGCCACAACAUGUUGCUAGUUACCAACUAGAUAUAUUUCUUUUUUGUAAUCGCGAUACAGUGUGCUCACCAUCCACUUAAAAAAUCUGUGCUACACUUCGCCUUACUUGUCCUGCCACUCGAAAAGUACAAGUUCUGCCCAGGUUGGCACUUGUGUGCAAUUUUUUUAGGGACCAGACUUUUUUAUUUUCUUUUAAUGUUUAGUGGAUUUCUCCCAGGCUGCAAUUUUUAAGGCAGCUGAUGGUGUUGAUGGGACGUAAAUUCUGCAACAGUCACACAUCGUUACGGACGCCUUUAUUGUGCACCACAUAGACCUCGAGACUCCCCCACUGUGUGCUGUAGCGCGCAUUUUACGGCAGGAUGCCAUCUUUGCGUCGACAGCUUUUGUGGUGGUGAUAAAGAAUGAGCAUAUCAACUUAAUUAUAUAUGUGGCCUCUUUCGAUGAUUUGUAUGGGCAGCUUUGAAUUUCGGGGUGCCUCCACGUUUUUAGUCACUGUUUAUUUACACGGUGUUCAAAGUGCAAUCUCACUGUGAAAAUUACUCCUGCCAUGCAUUACUGGCAGUCAGUGUGCCUUGCUGAGGUGUGUUCGUGUUUUGUACCUUGCAGCUGUUUUUUCGAGCGUGAUAUGUGGCGCUCUCGAAAUGGCAGCUGCACGUAAUUGGUUUGAUGCGUGCACCGUCGCCCGUCAAUUGGGAGUGGCGGAAGAAACGGAAUACACUUUUUACCCUGGCGAGUGCCCACCGGCGCUCCAUCAUGCUUUGUGUUGAAUGAGGGGAUACUUAGUAGAAAUAAAGCUAUUAAUUUUUUCCAGUCACGAA